ACAUCUUUAUUUACUAGCAUGUCGAAACAAAGCAAUUAUAUUAGAGCAUAUUUGUAUCACUUAACAGUCAUGAUUCUCGCGUCGCCUACGGAGUGGAACUUAGCUGUACAGUUGGCACUCUUCGUUUAGGCUGUGAGUGUAAUUUGUUGUUAAGAGUUUGUUCGAAGCCAUCGACAAUAUGACGGAAAAUGCACCCCUCUUGGCUCUUCUGAAUCAGCGUCUCGGGCAACAGAACCGGCGGAAUUUCGAACGGGCUAAGGCCGCAGGCAAAAAGCUCCGUGAGGAAUUUGGCCAAGUUGAACGUCUUAAAUACCAAAGAGUCCUCGGAUAUGGUGGUUUCGGAAUAGUUCAACUUUGGCACUUAUUUGAUCAACAAGGCAAUUUCAUCACUAGUGCUGCUAUUAAAUAUCCCACACGCGAGAACCAUAAAGAAACUAUAGAGUCCACAAGAUGGGAGAUGGAAUGGAUGGGCACGGUUUUCCGCAAUAUGGAGCAUUUUGUCCAACUCGUUGAUAUCGAAACUGACACGCGAGAGGUUGAUAGACUCACCAACAGUAGAUUCGUGGCAAACCCUAUACUCGUCAUGGAGGCUCUUUCGAAGUGUACUGCAUACGAAUUAAUAAGUUGGACGAAUGAUGUAAGAGCCAAGCUUACAGAAGUAGUGGGGCUCCAAUGGUCCAAGAACGAUAUAUUUCAAUAUGAACCUAGGCUUGCAUUCAUCCCGAAUCGAGUUCUAUGGAGGCUUUUCUACUGUCUGGUAAAAGGUGUUACGGGGAUGGCUUGGCCAGCCAACGACGGACAUGGAAACCUACCGCCUCUUACCCCUACACCAAUACCAGAAAAAAUCCCCCCGUUGGAUCAGUACAAUAACCUGCCGCCACAAUCGACCAUCAUACAUUUUGAUCUUGAUCCCAAGAAUGUGCUCCUUGGUGAUCGGGAUUUCGGCGAACACGAAAUGAUAGCCGAUUUUGGGCUCAUGAUACGGUGGGAUGAUAGGCUUUCACAUUCAAUAAAAAGAAAGCGUAUUAGAAGAGGGAAACCCUCUUGGUAUGCACCGGAGCAAAAAUAUCCUGACAGGGCUACAUCUUGGGAGCAUCAUGUUGGACAAGAAUUAAAUGUCUGGGCUAUAGGGUUGAUUAUGUUUAACCUCAUGACGUUGAGACAUCCCUCAGAACCCUGGGCACCGUAUGAGCGUCUGAUGCUGGGACGUGACAGCAUUGGAUUCGUACCGGUACUGACCUGGGGCUCGUUCUUGAUGGAGCCCCCUCCGGGAGUACAAAUACAGGGUUCACCGCCUUUCGAUGAGCUGGUUGCAGGAUAUGAUUUUAAUCUACGCCAGCUGAUUGCGCGAUGCAUGGCAGAUGCAACCGGGGAUCGGCCGACGAUUUCAGAAUUAAGCACUGACGUUCUUAGGGGGAUAGUCGAGUCGGACAAUAGGAAAUACUUUUGGGCGAAUUACGAACAGUACGCGCCUGGAAAUCCGGGUUAUAAUCCUUUAAUCCCGCCCCAAGUUGAGUCUGACGAGUUGGUCGCGAAGUGGUAUAAUGACUACUUUGUAGAGCCUCCACCAAACCCCGAUCGGAACGAGGGAAAUUGGUCUGAAUAA